AUGGCGUGCUAUUAUCUUGUGAUCAGCUCAACACAUCUCAGCAAUGGGCAUUUUAGAAGCAUUAAAGGAGUUUUUAGAGGUCCGCUGUGCAAGAAUGGGAAUGAAGCACUGGAUGCUGGAAAGGAGAAGGCCAUAGCAAAAGCUCUUGAAGACCUGAAAGCCAAUUUCUACUGUGAACUAUGUGACAAGCAGUAUCACAAGCAUCAGGAAUUUGAUAAUCACAUCAAUUCCUAUGACCAUGCUCACAAACAGAGACUGAAAGAACUAAAACAAAGAGAAUUUGCUCGAAACGUAGCUUCGAGAUCAAGGAAGGAUGAAAGGAAACAGGAAAAAGCCCUCAAACGUCUUCACCAGCUUGCAGAGCUGCGGAAACAGUCAGAAUGCGCCUCAGGAAGUGGUCCCAUGUUCAAACCAGCAACAGUAGCCAUUGACAAUCACGUGAAAGCAGCUGUCAGUGGAUCCUUUGCCAAAGGCAGAGAUAACGAAAGAAGGAGCAAUACCCAAGCAUCUUUCAUGAAAGAAGAGGCUCUGAAAAGGACUCAGGGAAACAGUCUGCAUUGUCCCCCACGUGGUGGCCAGUACGAUCAGUUCGGCUUAAGGCCCUUGGGUCUCUUCACAAAGAAAAACAACCCAUGCAUCCCCAUUCAGAAGGGCAGUGUCUCCUUUUCUUUUUCCAAAAAAGCUCCAGUGAAGUUGGAGUCGUCUGCUUCAGUUUUUAAUGACACCAUUGAAGAGAAGCAUUAUGAACAGGAGCCGCUGAGCCAUAAAGUGAAAACAACAGCUGAAGCAGAGGUCUCACUGGUAGGUGCAGGGACAAGUAGCAUUGCAGACACGGAAAAUAAUGAACAAACCAAACCGUCCCAGGCUUUCAGUAGCACUGAGAGCAAUCCUUUUGCAAGGGUUAAGAAGCUGAAGGCGCUCAUGUUAAAGGAAAACAAGGAUGAAGCUGAGAAAGAAUGUCAUUGCUAUAGUCCUACACAUUGCAAAACUAACACACAUUUUCCCUUCUUGUUUCUUAUGAAAUCAUCAGAAAAGACAGGCAUGGCUAAAGUGGUAAGUCAUAAUGAUAACCUUCAUGAAUCUCAGACUGAUGGUUCUGAUGCAAAACGUUCCGCUGUUCCAGAAUUUGGGAAUGAAAAGCAUGAGAACCCAGAUGCCAAGAGAAUGGCAGCAGCACAAUUGAAUUCUCCUGCUCAGCUACAAACAAACACAGAAGAGGUAGGGAAAACACUGGAUCAGGAUGUUUGCAAGAUGAAAGCUGAAGAAACAUUAGGGUCAAAUGAAAAACAAACUGAGGCCACAAUACCUGCUCAAGGAAAAUUGAGCAAGGUAGAACCAGUACACAGGCCGUACAUUAUAACUGAACCCUUUCUAUCAGUGCUAAGUAAAGAUGAAUCAACCAGACUUCAGUGGCCGUCUGAACUUUUACUCUUCACGCAGACAGAACCAUCCCUAUCAUACAGCUGCAAUCCUUUGUAUUUUGAUUUUAAAUUGUCUCGAAAUAAAAGUAGAGAGAGUGGUGCCACAGAGGGGAAAAACAAUAAGGACUACCAACAAAAUGCAGCCGUUACAACUGAAGGAGAUAAUAGCUCAAGCACAGUUGCAGAACAAAAUGGAAGUACAGAAAAAGAGCAAGAUCCAAAUAGGGGGAAGUCAGUGGUGUCACACAAGUCAAAGAGCCGAAAGAGUCACAACCAAUCCAGCAAAAAAUCUAAACAGAGAUCAGACUCUGGCCGUGUGAGGAAGAGAAAGAAAAGACUGAGGAAAGAGGAUAAACAUGCAUGGGAAGUCACAGAGCCCGGAUUGCAGAAUACUGAAGGAAGUUGGAAAGAAGGGAAGAAUUCCAAACUCAUUCCGAAACGACCUUUAGAAGGCAUACAUGCCCAUUCCAGUGAGGAACCAGAGCAAGUUAGCAGUAGUAUUACCAAUAAACAGACAAUUCCUCCUGUUGAUUUAGUCAACAAAAAACAGAAAGUGUCAAGUAGUAGUCCUUUGAAUAUUAAUCAAGUAUCAUGUGAAGAUCGAAAGGCACACAAAUCCAGACACGACAGUCUUAUCUCCAACACUAAUGACAGUGACAGCACUGAGGAGAAUCACAGAAAGAGUCAGAGAUCAUUUUCUCACUGUAGUUACGAAGAUGAUUCACAAAGUAAUUCAAGCGACUGUCGAAAAUCCAGAAGCUAUUCAUCUUCACAAGGUUCAUCAUUGAGGUCAUCUUCUGAUACUUCAAGUGAUCACAGUAGAACUAGUCACAGAAGCAGAAAUUAUUCUGAUAGAUCCAGUGAAUACAGCAACAAAAGCCGGUCUCGGUAUUGUUCCAAGAGGCAUCAUAGGUCACAUUACAAGUGUCAUUCCAGACAAAAGAAGAAAAAGCACAGCUACUCUUCAAGUUCAUCAUUAUCUUCUGAUGAUGAUCAUUACCACAGGAAAAGAAGUGGCAGUCACAGCAGAAGUCGAGGCAGUGCCCAAAUUAGGAUGCAGAUGAGCAGAACAGGCCGAUUACAUAGCAGGAGCAGGAAGUCCAGAAGCAGACAACCCCACAGUAGGAGCAGAAGUAGAUAUAGGAGUAGGUCAAGGCAUAGUAAGAACAGACAAGAAAGCAGCAGAGGUUCCAGUUUGAGAAGGUCGCGUUCCAGAAAUACAGACAAUUGCAGGCAUGAAAUAUCCAGUAAAAAGCUAUCAAGGCACAGAUCUUUCUCAAAAGGCAGAGUUUGUCAUAUAAAGUCAUCACUUUGCAACAGUGAAAUAAAAAGAGGUUCAGGAAAGCACUGUGGAAUAAUAAAGAAUGAAGAUACAAUGCAGAAUUAUAGCCCCAUUGCCCCUAGUUUAUUCCAGAGAAAUAUGACCAUUGGUUGCUCUAUUUUCCCAUUGAAGGAACUCAUUCAAGAUGAAAGAAAAUCCCAUGUGGCAAAGCAAAUUUUGGAAAAUGAACAAUGUAAGGACAAUGAAGGGAAAACAGACACCAGAGAAUCAGCAUCAAGUAUAAUGGGCCUGAAGUCGAAGGAUUCUCCAGAAGCUUACUUUGGUCCCAGGCUUCCCCCUUCUAUGGAUAAUGUGACGUUAUGGUCUUUAAUUGGGAAGUUAACAGCAUCAAAAAAAGUAGGUGCAAAAAAAGAUAAUAUUAGCAAAGGGAAUGAGCCUGAACACUUGGAAUGGAAUGGGAAUGAAACACAGUCUACUGGCUCCCAGGAAGAAAGUCUUGAGUUCAAAGAAACACAUGAGGAUAAAGUGGACAUUGAUCAAAGUUCAACAUGCAAUGCAUCAGAAAUGGCUGAGAAAGAAAAGGUUGGUCUUUCAAUAUACCAAGCACAGGCUACUGACGAAAGUAUUACUCCAGACCCUGAAGAAAUGUCUAAUGUUGUUUCUUCCACUGCAGAUGUUUUUACUGAUAGUUCAACAGCAGUCAAAGAGAAGAAUUCCCGAAUGACAUUUUACGAUUCUAGUAGUAUAAAUUCAGUUCCAUUGGGAGAGAUUGUGUUUGAUUAUUAUGGCGCGAACUCACAGAGUGUUGAUGAAAUGGACCCUCAAUUCAAGGAAUGUUCUAAAUCAAUCUCACCCCCUCUGGCAAGUCAACCCAUAAUCUUCUUACCGGAAGAAAUGGAAAAAUAUAGUAAAUUACAGUUCCAGGCACAACAGCAUAUCCAGCAGCAGCUCCUUGCCAAACAAGUCAAAACUUUCUCAUCAUCUGCAGCAGCAGUUGCUUUCACUCCAGUACCAGCAUUUCAGCCAGUUUCCCUUCAACAGCCUUCUGUUUCUACUGCCUCUUCUGUGACCACAGUUCACCACACUCUGCUCCAGCACCAUGCUGCUGCCUCGCUCACGGCUGCUCUCCACCCUGGCGCCCAUCACCAAGUGAUGUCUCAGCUUCACCACAUCGCCCAGCCACAUGUUGCACCCUUUACUUUCUCUCCAAUCACUCAAGCCAUUAUUCCCGCUCACCCCGCCACCUUCCUGGCCGGCCAUCCACUGCAUUUCAUCCCGGCAGCAGCCAUCCACCCAGCCCACCUGGCACUUCACCCACUGCCUCACACUGCCCUCUGCCCAACACUGUUUGCUCCCCACCCUGCUGCGUCAGCUAUUCACCUCCACCCUUUGCUUCAUCCGCUGUUCCCAGGGCACGAACUGCAGCAUCGCUCUGGUCCAAGCACUUGAGACAAGCAGCUGAAGUCUACAGCAAUUAAAAUGUUAGGAUAUUCAUUCACGGUGGCAAACUUGUGUGCAUUCAGCUGCUGAAACAAAUAUGCUAUAACUCUCUUUAUUUCUACAGUUUUGUUUGAUGUUUCUAAUCUAAAAUUUCCUACCUGAGUCCCUAUUGAAGUUUAGCUUUCUAUGAAUGAAGUUAUUAGAUGGUGAGCAUCAAUGCCCUGUGCAUUAGAAUAGAUUUCUGUGUCAUAGCUUCCAUCUGACUUUAUAAUAAUGAUAAUUAAGUGGAAGUGUCAUAGCGUUUUCCAGAUGUUCUCUUCCAAUUUGCCCUCAGGAGAGAACAAUUCUUGUUAGAACACUGGUCCAGCAAUCCAUUUUCUUUAUUUUAAAUCCUUCAAGCCCUUCAAAAUCAAAAUGUGUAAUUUUUAUCACACUUUCCACCAGUUUUUUCAGAUAUAUUAUCUUUUUGUUACCUUGACUGUAUCACAUUGUAAUUAUGCUGUUAAUAGUUAUUUAGGCUUUAGUUUAAACUGGAAAAAAAUCUUCAAGGCAUUUGUAUUUUGUGUAAAAAAAAUAUGCAGAGUACAGUGUACGUGGGUAGAAUUGGACUGGAUGCUCUAAAUCCAGUGCUAUUGUUUAGGUUUUUUCCAUGUAAUAUGGAAUUAUUGUACUGUAUAAUGCAAUAAUAUUUUUCCAUAAUAAAUUUUGUUCUAUCAAUGAAUGAUAAUGUACAGUAUAUAACAUAAUUCCUUAUGUAAAUAACGUCAAUACAGUAAAGUACUAUACUUUAGAAGUAAAAUUCUGUACUAUAUUCUCCCAACCAGGUAUAUUAUCUUUUUAUUCAAUGUAUUGUAUAUUUGUCUUGAAAUUUGUUAGGAUUUAAACACAGGUGUCUGUAUAAUAUACUGUCCU